AAAAGAAGGCCGCGCAGCCACGGCUGCUCACGACGCCGCGGAUCCCGAAGCCUGUGUAGCGCUGAGACAUCAGUGAGGCUGCAGGACGAGCAGGAUUGGAAGCGCCCCGGCCAGAAAGUGACCCCCAACCCCUUUCAGGACCCUGUGAACGGGAACAGCCAUCCACAGGGUUCAGGAAGGCGUCCGCGCCCUCACCUCUUCUCCCCAUGAGCUCCCCCAGAGCUGUGGUGCAGCUGGGCAAAGCUCAACCUGCAGGCGAAGAGUUGGCUACAGCAAACCAAACAGCCCAGCAGCCCAGCAGCCCGGCCAUGCGGCGCCUCACAAUCGAUGACUUUGAAAUCGGGCGUCCCCUGGGCAAGGGGAAAUUUGGGAAUGUGUACCUGGCUCGGCUCAAGGAAAGCCAUUUCAUUGUGGCCCUGAAGGUUCUCUUCAAGUCGCAGAUAGAGAAGGAAGGACUGGAGCACCAGCUGCGCCGGGAAAUUGAGAUCCAGGCGCAUCUACAACACCCCAAUAUCCUGCGCCUGUAUAACUAUUUCCAUGAUGCACGCCGGGUGUACCUGAUUCUGGAAUAUGCUCCAAGGGGUGAGCUCUACAAGGAGCUGCAAAAAAGCGAGAAAUUAGAUGAACAGCGCACAGCCACGAUAAUAGAGGAGUUGGCAGAUGCCCUGACCUACUGCCAUGACAAGAAAGUGAUUCACAGAGAUAUUAAGCCAGAGAACCUGCUGCUGGGGUUCAGGGGUGAGGUGAAGAUUGCAGAUUUUGGCUGGUCUGUGCACACCCCCUCCCUGAGGAGGAAGACAAUGUGUGGGACACUGGACUACUUGCCCCCAGAAAUGAUUGAGGGGCGAACAUAUGAUGAAAAGGUGGACUUGUGGUGCAUUGGAGUGCUCUGCUAUGAGCUGCUGGUGGGAUAUCCACCCUUUGAGAGCGCCUCCCACAGUGAGACUUACAGACGCAUCCUCAAGGUAGAUGUGAGGUUUCCACUAUCAAUGCCUCUGGGGGCCCGGGACUUGAUUUCCAGGCUUCUCAGAUACCAGCCCUUGGAGAGACUGCCCCUGGCCCAGAUCCUGAAGCACCCCUGGGUUCAGGCCCACUCCCGAAGGGUGCUGCCUCCCUGUGCUCAGAUGGCUUCCUGAGCCCUGUCUGCCUCUGUUCCCUUUGUGUGUGUUCAGGGAGCUCUCCUGGCUCUGCCACCUCAUUUGUCUUUAUUUUUUUCUCUUUUAAGAUGUAAGAUGCUAAUUAAUAAAAGCUGAAUCAUUUCAUACCA